UUAAAAAACUUUUCAGGAAAUACAAUUCUGAUACGGAACUUUAACCUUUUGUGGACAAGGAUAAAAUGUUCCUUUAUGUUAUUUCCGAAUAGGGGAGUGUUUACGAUAUUGCACGUUUAUUUAAGAGAGAUUCCGGACGAGGGAACAUUUAUUGUUUAAUGCUAAGUUUAGCAUAGGAAUCUGAAUCUCUCGGCGGAAUCUGAGAAAUCGGAACAUAUCUGAACCGAGACACCGGAUAUCUUUUUCGAAUCCGGAACCUCCGGAGCGCCCACCACAGCUAUGCUUUCAUAGAAAUCGCGCGCAACAUGCGAUAGAAACGAUAAUUUGAAAGGUGGGAAGUUUUUUAACUUUUUGCUGUAUUUUCUAUUGCAAGACAUUUUCUGGAACAAUCAAAAAAUAUUUUAAUUUUCCCUUUUUAGUUACCACCAUUAACACCAACUAUUUCCACAUCACAAAUCAAUUUACAACAACAAAACCAAACAACAACUUGUUUACCAUCAACCUCAGAAUCUCUUAACAAAAAUGAAAAUGUUAUUGCUUCAAUGGCUGCUCGUUGUUCAUCAAUACUUUCCUCAACAGAUUAUUCUUCCCCAACUCAAAGUGCUUCUUUUGAUAAAAAUACAACGUCCAUAACUACAACUUCAACAACAACAACAAAUAUUCCUUCAAUAAAUAGUUCGAGUAGUGGUGCUAGUAGAAGGAGAAUAACAACAGAACGUUCUUUGCCUUUAGCUAGCGAUAUGGCCAAAAAUAGGGAAUUUUAUAGAACUCAUGAUGUUAGGCCGCCUUAUACUUAUGCGUCGUUGAUUAGGCAAGCAAUAAUGGAAUCAAAAGAUUGUCAGCUGACACUUAAUGAAAUUUAUCAAUGGUUUCAAGAAGCUUUUGUUUAUUUCCGAAGGAAUGCUGCUACUUGGAAAAAUGCUGUUAGGCAUAAUUUGUCGCUUCAUAAAUGUUUUACUCGUGUCGAACAGAAUGUUAAAGGAGCUGUUUGGACUGUUGAUGACAGCGAGUUCUACAAACGACGGCCACAACGAAGCUCUUCUUCCCGAAGUGCCCCAAAGCAUUCUUCCUCCAAUGUACGUGCUACAACUGCCGGUCUUCGAAGUGUUGCAAGUACAAGUCAUUUCAACACAUCCUUGGGUGGUCAUCAUUCUGGAAAUUAUUUGUUCUGUCAAGGAAAGGAAGGAGGGGAUGAUGAUCAAAUUGACAACACAACAAUGUUGUCACAACAAAUAAAGCAUGAAAUGAUGGAAAGUUGUGCGAGUACUCCUGCUAGGUUAAUCCACAGCACGUCAACUACUUUAAAAGAGGAGAGUGAGGGUGAAGGAGGGGGAGGACAUAGAAAUUUGAUUCUUUCAUUUGGUGGUGCUCCUUUCUCUUCUACAGGUAGAAUUUAUGGAAAUUCUGAAAUUUGA